AAUGGUCAAGCUACCAUAAACUUCGAGCACUCUUGGGGUGAUGGAGUUGCGGUGCUACGAUUAAUGGAAGAAUCAUACAAGUUAGUUUCCUCUUAUUUUUUGUUUCAUUUCGCUGAAAACUAUGCUUCAGAAUUCCGCCUCACUGAUUCCCUGAAGUCGCAAAUCAGUAAAGCACAGAAGGAUCAUGUGGCUCGGAAUAGUAGUCUUGACUUCGCCACGAUGGAGUAUAGUGGCAUGACAAAGGACACCAUAAAGAAAUCGAAAAUGUCUCCCGAUUCCAUAAUGCAGCUUGCGAUUCAGAUGGCAUUUUAUUCAAUGUACAAAGAAAUGGUUCCCACGUACGAAUCUUGCUCAACAGCGGCCUUUCUUAAAGGGCGAACAGAUUGUAUGAGGUCUGCGACGGCUGCCACUAAAGAGGCCACUCUAGCCAUCUUAGAAGGUGGAGUGAAAAAUGCUGAGCAACUGCUAAUUAACUGUUCAAAUACUCAUGGACAACUGGUGAAGGAAGCAUCGAUGGGGCAAGCUUUUGAUCGUCACCUCUUGGGACUGAAAAUCAGUGCGGAACGCGUGGGAAUGAAGAUGCCAGCUUUAUUCAAUGAUCCGGGAUAUCUUCGUAUGGGUCAUUUUGUGCUUUCAACUAGCACUCUUUCUACCAACACUAUUGUGUUUGGAGGGUUCGGUCCCGUGGUAGAGGACGGCUUCGGCAUCGGGUACAACGUUUCCUCAUCUCGUCUAGGUGCCGUUAUUUCCAGUCAAAAGAGAAACCGAGACGCCAAGGAAUUCAGCCAAGCGUUGGUGAAAAGUUUGGAUAUAUUACGCAACAUCAUGAACAAGCCUUAA